AUCGUGCGCAUGCGCACCUUCCACGGCAUGCUAGACAGUGCGGCACAAGUCAGACUUAACAUUUACAUUGUUAUUCCUUUUCUAUGACUUUUUAAAUCAACAUGAAAACAAGGUUCACCACGGCAGACAUCAGGGCUGCUAUCGCCGAGAUAAAUGCCAACUACACGGGCAUGAGAGUGAACAACGUAUACGACAUAGACAACAAGACGUACCUCAUUCGGCUACAAAAGCCCGACAGCAAAGCCAUUCUGCUGCUUGAAUCCGGCAUUCGGAUUCACUCCACAGACUUCGAAUGGCCCAAAAAUAUGAUGCCUUCAGGCUUUGCCAUGAAAUGUCGCAAGCACUUGAAGACGCGGCGUCUGGCGCACGUGAAGCAGCUCGGCAUCGACAGAAUCGUUGACCUCCAGUUUGGCUCCGAUGAGGCCGCGUACCACCUCAUUAUAGAACUCUACGACCGGGGUAACAUCAUCCUCGCAGACCACGAGUACACCAUCCUCAACCUGCUGCGCUUUCGUAACGCCGAGGCCGAAGACGUCAAGAUCGCCGUGAGGGAGCGCUACCCGGUAGAGAACGCCAAACCCCCGGAACCCCUCAUCACGUUACAAAAACUUACAGAAAUCAUCAGCAAAGCACAGAAUGGAGAUCAAAUGAAAAGAGUGUUGAAUCCUCAUCUUACCUAUGGAGCCACUCUCUUAGAACACUGUUUCAUAGAAGCCGGAAUGUCCGGCUCAGUGAAAGUCGACAGUCAGGUCGAUGCUUCUCAAGUUGCACCGAAAAUUCUGGAAGCCCUGCAACUGGCUGAGAUGUACAUGGAGAAAACGGAGAACUUUAGCGGCAAAGGCUUCAUCAUUCAAAAGAGCGAAAAGAAAGCAAGUUUAACUUCGGUGAAAGCCAGCGAAGAGCUUCUCACGUAUGAUGAAUUCCACCCGUUCCUUUUUGCCCAGCAUUUAAAAAGUCCCUACUUGGAAUUUGAGUCCUUCAACAAGGCGGUGGAUGAGUUCUUCUCCAAGAUGGAGAGCCAGAAGAUCGACAUGAAGGCUCUGCAGCAGGAGAAGCAGGCCCUGAAGAAGCUGGAUAACGUCAAGAAGGACCACGAGCAGAGGCUGGAGGCCUUGCAUCAAGUUCAGGAAGUAGACCGAGUCAAAGGAGAGCUGGUGGAGAUGAACCUAGCCGUGGUGGAGAGGGCGCUACAGGUGAUCCGCAGCGCGCUGGCCAAUCAGGUUGACUGGACGGAGAUCGGCGUGCUGGUCAAGGAGGCGCAGGCGGCCGGCGACCCCGUGGCGUGCGCCAUCAAGGACCUCAAGCUGCAGACCAACCACAUCACCAUGCUUUUAAAGAAUCCUUACAUCACAGAAGAUGAACUGGAGGAGGAGGAGGAAGUGUUGAAGGUGGCCGUGCAGGAGAAGGGCAAGAGAAACAAAAAUAAAGACAAAGGCCAGAACAAGAAGCUGCAGAGGAACAAGCCCAUGUUGGUGGACGUGGACCUCAGCCUGUCGGCCUACGCCAACGCUAAAAAGUACUAUGACUGCAAGCGAAAUGCUGAAAAGAAGGAGCAGAAGACCAUUAAAGCAGCGGAUAAGGCCAUGAAAUCAGCUGAGAAAAAAACCCAGAAAACCUUGAAGGAAGUCCAGACGGUGACCACCAUUCAGAAGGCUCGGAAGGUCUACUGGUUUGAGAAGUUCCUGUGGUUCAUCACGUCAGAGAACUACCUCGUCAUCGCUGGGCGAGACCAGCAGCAGAACGAGAUGAUCGUCAAGCGCUACCUGCGAGCCGGUGACAUCUACGUCCACGCUGACCUCCAUGGCGCUACCAGUUGUGUCAUCAAAAACCCCUCAGGUAAUCCCAUCCCCCCUCGCACACUGACCGAGGCGGGCACCAUGUCGGUGUGCUACAGUGCCGCCUGGGACGCCAAGAUAGUCACCAGCGCUUGGUGGGUCCACCAUCAUCAGGUGUCCAAGACUGCGCCGACAGGAGAGUACCUGACCACCGGCAGCUUCAUGAUCAGGGGAAAGAAAAACUACCUGCCGCCUUCCUACUUGAUUAUGGGCUUCGGCUUCCUCUUUAAGGUCGACGAGCAAAGCGUGUUCCGUCACAAAGGCGAGCGUAAGGUGAAGACGCUGGAAGAGGACGUGGCGGAAAUGGCCUCCAGAACAGCCGAGAUGUUGGAGGAAGGGGAGGAGCUCGUGGGUGACGAUAGCGGCGCCGAGGAUGGAGCAGAGGAGGAGAAAGAGGAGCCCGAGGCGGAGGAUGCCCAUAAAAAAGCUGCGGAGGGGAUGGAGGACGCAAAGCCGUCCGAGCCGAGCGACUCGGAGAGCGAAGAGGAAGACAACGAGGAAGUGAGCUACCCUGACACCACCAUCGUCCUCACUCACCUGCAGCCCGUCAGGAGUUCCCAGAACAUCACCUUCAAGAAAGAAGAAAUCUCACAGGCCGAUGUCGACGCGCAAGGGAGGAAGCACAUGACUGCUAAGCAGAGACGAGAUGAGAAAAAGAAGCAGAAACCGGAAGUGUGCGAAGUGGAAAAGAACUCUGAGGCCACGCCCGUCAAACAGGAUGUGGACCCGGGAUCCAAAAGUGGCAGCGCACCAGCCCAGCAGCCACCAAAGAGAGGCCAGAAGAACAAGAUGAAGAAGAUCAAGGAGAAAUACAAGGACCAGGAUGAAGAGGACCGCGAGCUCAUGAUGCAGCUGCUUGGGUCAGCCGGUGCGAGCAAGGAGGAGAAAGACAAGGGAAAGAAAGGAAAGAAGGGGAAGGGCAAGGAGGAGCCCCCUAAGAAGACCCCUCCUCAGAAGCCCCCUCCCAGACCUCAUCAGGCUUCCACCAAGAAACCGGAGCAGAUGCCCGCUGAGGGCGAGGAGGCAGCUUCUGUGGAGCAAGAUGACAAGGAGGACGACAUUGAUGCAGACAACCCCGGAGCUGAGGAAGCAGAGAACCUUCUCACCUCCCUGACAGGACAACCUCACCCUGAGGAUGUGCUGAUGUUUGCGGUGCCCGUGUGCGCCCCCUACAGCGCACUCACCAACUGCAAGCACAAAGUUAAACUGACACCAGGCGCUCAAAAGAAAGGCAAAGCCGCCCGCACCGCCCUUUUGAGCUUCAUGAAAGCAAAGGAGACUUCUGUGAGAGAAAAGGACUUGCUACGCAGCGUCAAGGACGCCGACCUGUCUAGAAACAUGCCCGGCAAAGUCAAAGUGUCUGCUCCGAACCUGCUGGCUGCCAAGAGGAAGUAAGACGACGUCUCACAAUAAAAUAAAACACAAUUUCAUUUUACAAGAUGGACUUUAUUUAAUGACCAAAAUCAUGCUUUGACCUGGAUGAAGAAAAUAACCACACUUGAAUAUAAAACAAAAGGGUUUAUUUUUCACUGGCCCCAACAUUAAGUAUAGCAUAAUGUUAGAACCAUAAAAAAAAAAAAGAAUAAAGCUCAGUUUUGAUCGACACUGCCGAGAGGUAUUAUUGUACAGCUAAUAAAGGUUUUAUUA